GCCAGUGGUCCCUCAGGCUGUGAGGAGCUGAAAGUUAGCAGCUGAAGCUAAAUCACGGAAGAUGGAGAAACUCCUCCGAGCGCUGGCUUUGGUCCUCCUGUGUCACGUCCUGGAGGCGAAGCAGAAAGACUUUUACACGUUUAAGGUGGUGAACAGCAGAGGCAGAUUAGUUUCUCUGGAGAAAUACCGUGGAUCGGUCUCCUUGGUGGUAAACGUAGCGAGUGAAUGUGGCUUCACAGAGGAACACUAUACAGAUCUUCAGCAGCUGCAGAGGGAUUUUGGACCGUACCAUUUCAAUGUGCUGGCUUUCCCCUGUAAUCAGUUCGGCCAGCAGGAGCCGGGCAGCGAUAAAGAGAUCGACAGCUACGUCAGGCGCGUUUAUGGAGUCUCAUUUCCGCUCUUCAGCAAAAUUGCUGUGGUGGGGACCGGGGCCAACAAUGCCUUUAAAUACCUCGCAGAGGCCACAGGGAAGGAGCCUGACUGGAAUUUCUGGAAGUAUCUGAUCGAUGUGGACGGUAAAGUUGUUGGUGCGUGGGCUCCUCAAGUGUCUGUGAAAGAACUUCGACCAAAGAUCACAGAGAUGGUGCGCAAACUCAUCAUCAAACGCAAGGAGGAGCUGUAGACACACACACACACACACACACACACACACACACACACACACACACACACACA